CAAAGAUGGCGGCGUGUAGUUUUUUUUUUCCUGUUUCCAGCGGCACCCGGUCGGCGUUAGUAGAAAGCUGGUCAUCGGAGAGACGGUAGAUCCGGUCUGGGGCAUGUCUGUUUUCCACGACGAAGUGGAGAUCGAGGACUUCGAGUUCGAUGAGGAGACGGAGACCUACAGCUACCCGUGUCCCUGCGGGGACCGGUUCCUCAUCACGCGGGAGGAUCUGGAGAAUGGUGAAGAUGUAGCCACCUGUCCAAGCUGCUCACUCAUAGUAAAAGUCAUCUACGAUAAGGAACAGUUUAUGUGUGGCGAAGAAGUCUCUGCACCACCAGCAAACAAAGAACUGGUUAAAUGCUGAUGAUCGUUUGAUGAACUUUGCUGUUCCUGGAAAAUUUGGGCAGAAAGAUGUAAGCACACCUGUUCUGAAGAGACUCUGCAUAGCAACUUGCUCUUUCUCAUCAGCUUCAUCAACAGCUCGAGAAAAAGAACUGAUGUGUCAAAAAAUUUCAUGUAUUUGUGUGCAUAAGUUCUUAAUAUAUUUAAAUACAUGGAGUAAUCUUCCACAUGUGAGAUUGAAAAUGGUGACAGUCCACAGUACAUGAAAGUGUUAGAAGUGCUUGUCGCACUUCUCGGACAAUGGAUUAUUCUAUGUGGUGUACAGAUCGAAUGGCUAGAUCCUAUAAUAUGAGCAAGAAGACUAUGCUGCUUUUUUUAAAAAAAGAGAGGGGUUCUGUAUUAGAGGCCAAAUUUGUUAAAGUCAAGCUUAUACCAAUUGUCUUGAUGAUCUUUUGUUUUCUGCAAAGCUGCAUCAUGCUAAACUCUCUUGUCUUGCCAAACUGAAUAGCUUACAAUGACAUUUCUAUUUUCCUUAGUGGGUUGCUGUAAAAAAAUUUAACACCAGACCUGGUAUUUUCAAAUAUGGAGCCAAAUCUUUCUGUACAGCGGGUGUGGGGAACCUGCGGCUCUUCAGGUGUUGCUGAACUACAACUCCCAUCAUCUUUGGCCAUUGGUCACACUUGCUAGGGCUGAUGGGAAUUGUAAUCCAUCAACAUCUGAGGGCCACAGGUUCCCCGUACCUGUUUUCAGUUGGCUUGACUUAAUUGUGUUUAAACUUAUGUAAACUGUUAGUUCUUAUAUAUGCCACAUCAGCUAGUCUCCCUAGAGAGAGAUCCAGUUACUGCUCCUUCUUAUAUUUGUAUCUAUAAUCCUCAUCACUGCCUUACUUGAUUUGUGAGUGGACUUUUCAGUUGGGCUUGCAAUUUCAGGAUGUGAGAUUUUGGUGACACUUUCUGAGUUGAAAAAUAUCUACCCUGAUGACUUCCACUUCAAUCUGUUUUUCCUGAAUUCCUAUAAGUGCACCUAAAUAUCAGGUUUUAAAUUAUUAGAUGUCCUGUCCACACAACUGUAAAUCCUUCAGGCUUACAAUUUAAUAUUUAAAUUCCUAAUCUUGGAGCUGUGGACAGGCACACACUGAUUUCAUUUUUACUGUUUUUCACUAAUAAUCCAGUAGCGGAGUUAGAAGAAUCUUUAGAAUCAAGCAAUCUAUUAACUUGCAAUCACGCAGAAUGACAUUGUGCAUUUGUAAGACUUUGAGAUCUCCUUUCUGACCAACAACUUGUCAUCAAUCAAAUAUGUUUCUUUGCUGUUAAUUCCAUUUGUUAACAGCAGUUGCUUCUGGUGGCCAAUAGGUGGCACUGAAAGUUUGUAGACUGAUAUACUUUUAAAGUACAAAUACUGUACGUUUGAAAAGUAAAAAAAUAUUUAUUUUGCAUUUUAAAUGAACUUUAACUUGCUAUUCUUCAAUUGUUUUAAUAUUUCUGCUUUAAUGUGAUGGAUUUGUGUAGAAAAUGAGGUUUUACAAAACAUCAUACAUUCUGCUCCAGCUAUAAAAUUAAGGAUCUUGUUCAUCAGAAUAGUUGUUGCACUAUUUGACCCUUGAAUAUCAUAGUGGCAGAACUAUUUAGUACCUACUUUGAUUUUCUGCUUGCUGUGUUGGCAGUAAAAGUGAAGCAAGCUUGGGAAUCUCAUCUAAACUGUCAUGCGUGGGACCAGGCUUUCCCCAUGUAGUUAGAUGUGUAGUUAGACUGACCAGAUACAUUUUGGCCUGCUGUGCAAAAGCAUAGAAGCCUGCCCAGAAAAGAUGGAUUUUUCACUUUGAUUAGCUCUCACUUCCCAAGCUGACGAGCAAAUUCUCUCUGAAUCUCUACAGGGUUCUUAAUCUAAGAAGUUCCAAAGCUAAAGAUUGCAGUACCGCAGACUUCAGAUGUUGGUACAUUUUUGAGAAAACAUUUUAGAAGUCCAUAAAAUACGUUGAUAUAUUCAGUGAUCUGAACCAGUUAAAUUCUGUCACUAUGCUACCAAAAUUGAAAGUUCUUUUCAGAGGAGGAUUUGUCAGCCUGCCAAGUUAAGCCAAACUUCGUUCAGCAGUUCUGUUUGCCAGCCCCACACAGAUCGUGAAAGAUCACCCAAAUGUAGAAUUUCCACUCAGGAAAGCCGAGUUUUCCUUGCUCACUGUAUUUUCCUUAAUA